AUGGCAUCCAGCUAUUUUAAUUUUUCCAUUCUUUGUGGCCCUGAUGUAAUUCUUGUCCCAGAUUUCCAGUCUUUGGUACCAGGCUCCAUUUCCUUUCUACCUCAUGUCCCAUCAUCAUCCUGGAUGCCUUCAAUGUUCCUGAGGAAAAUUUGCCACAACUGCUUACAGCUUUUGCCUCAACUGUUGCUUCCACAGUUACACAUCAGGCUGUUUCAUAACACAGAAGUCUGUGAUCUUAAACUCCCAUAUUCCUUUCUCAGAACUUCUGUCUUUGCUUCGUUUCUUCUACUUGCUCAAGAUUAUGAAUGUCUGCCCCAGCCUGCCUCUCUCUGA